UUUCGUAGCACAGCCCAAUGGCUAUAACGAUACAUAGUCGAGACACCGCCGCUCUCGGGACCUGAGGGCAGCACUCGCACGAGGCUACAUCUUCUGGCAUACAGCAUUUCUCCAUCUCCGACGUCGUGUGCAUGGUAGGUGCGUGCAUGGUGGCCGUCGCUUGGAGUUUUUGUCAUGGCAUCCCUACGGUGCAACGCAAGCAACCGAGCAGAUUACUCUGUCAUACGAGAUAUGGCAUUAAAGACCUGUCACGGACAGAGAAACAGGAGAACGUACUGGAGCGAGCCCGCAUUUUUCUGCGCUUGCGCCUAAGGCGGCGAGACCUCUUCUUCUUCCACUUAUCUCUCAUUCUGUAGGCCACACACUGUCAGCAAGAACAACGCGCGGAGGCAACACGGCAGCAGCGUACUCACUCGUUCGAAUUGUGGGAAGUG